AUGUAUGCUACAAAGAAUAUAUCAGAUGAGCAGCUGGAAAAAUGGAAGCAGAUAUAUAAAGAUCAAGAGCAUUUAGCAGCAUACCACCGCAUUCCACCUAUAAGCACUAAUAAUAGUGCAGAGGGUAAGCAUAGACACAUUAACGAACUUGCAAAAAAAGCAAGAAACUUUUCUACUUUCAUCAAAUUCAUUCUGAAUGAUACUAUCAUUAGGAUUAAUGAAUCAAUUGAUCCCAUUAAUAAGCAAAAACGCGAGAAGAAUGACUUGUUAAACGAAAAAUGCAUACAUUGCGGAUUCUCCUAUAAUGAUAUUAAUACUGAUAAGAAUCCUUGUAAAUAUUGCAAGGAUUUCUUUAUGAAUAAGAGUCAUGUUCCCUCUGCAGGCAUACAUGUUAUGAAAAUAGGAGAAAACGUAGGUGAAAUCAUAGAAUUCCCAAUCGAUAAAAAUGUAGGUGAUCAGGAUGAACUCGUGGAUCACAAAGAAAAGAGUUCGCCGAUCGAAAUAUCAAAAUAC